AUGACGAUAGGACAUGUUUCCCGAAACGAUGACCAUAUUAUAUCUGAUAUAACAUCCAUAUCCUGUCCAAAUUUAAAGGAAUUAACAAUAAUAUGUUAUCGCAAUAUUCUACAUUAUGACCGAUUUAUUCUACUUUUUUCUCGUUUAUCAACUGUCGAACAUUUGACAUUAUUAUUGGGUGUCGGUGCAAAUAGAUUUGGACUGGAUCAUUUUAUUGAUGGAUUUGAUUUACAACGAAAUGUUAUUUCACAGAUGCCUCAUCUACGUCAAUUUAAUUUUUAUAUUCGUUCAAUAUUAAAAGAUGCUCCUCAAAUAAACAUCGAUAUACUUUGUCAAAGUUUUCUCGAACAACGCAUACAACAAUUCGUUGAUUGUACAUUGGAUUAUUUUAAUAAUCAUUAUGGACAAUGUCAAGUGUUUUCACUUCCAUUUAUUGGUACUCGUCUUGAUUUUAUUUCUAAUAGAUUUCUUCUUUUUGAUGUUACAAACACAUUUUCAAAUGUCACCACAUUAUUACUCUUCGAUGAUAUUAAACCUUUCGAACAUAAUUUUUUUGAACGUGUAACUCAAGCUCUUCCUCAUCUUAAAACAUUAAACGUGUUUAAUCUGCUUGAACAAGAAGAGACAAAGAAUACUGCAACAAAAUUAAUUGUAUUUUCUCAUUUAGUUGCACUUAUUUUACAUGAUAUACAUAUGGACUAUGCUGAACAAUUUCUUUGUCGAAGUCAUCUUCCACACCUGAUUGAACUCUUUAUUCGUAAUGACGCACUAUUACUUAUCAUUGCUAACAAUGAUCAACAAGCAAAAGAUAACUGUGCAAAUAUUGAAAGACUUCGUAUUGUUGAACCAUGGAUCGAGCCUACAAGUGCUCACUUGAACUUUUUUCCGUCAAUUUAA